CACCAUCGCUAAGAAAACGAGGUCAUCGAAAGCGGUAUUUGAAAGGGAAAUACGUCUUUUGAUUGAGUAUUUUACCCAUUAGUCUUUCCAACAAAAUAACUGUAUAUCAAUUUCCAUGUUCUAGGACUGAAAGAAAAUGAGUCUAUUGAACCAGGCAGCGGUUGAAGCGCUGUGUUCAGCGACUUACUUGGACAAUUAUCUUGACUGCCUGGAUAGCUUGCCUGACGAUCUUCAAAGGGUUAUUUCGCAGAUGCGUGAACUAGAUGCACAAACUAUUGAUAUUAUGAAUGAUCUGGAGCACCACCAUGAGAAUUAUCAAAACGAGAAUGAUGUAAACAGUGUGAAGAGGUCCAUCAUACAAGUUCAGAGAUGUCUUAUCAAAACUACAGAAAUAGGAGAUGAAAAGCUUCAUCUGGUCUCACAGAUCAUUGAAUUUAUUGAAAACAGGACAAGGCAGCUUGAACAGGAUUUGGAAAAUCUAGAUUCCCUACCUGGCCACACUGAUCAUCGCAAUACAACUAAAACUGACUACAAAAGUACAGCAAAAAAUAGUAACAGGGAUUCAGUCCUGAGUCCUGUGCAGGCACCUAGUGCAGGCAAGACUGACAAUACCAAAACUUCUUCCAAGAGCAGUGUUGGCAAGGAUCCAUCUUCGCACAUGAUUCUUGACCACAGAGAUGACACUCAGAUGUCCAAUAAGAGCAACAGCUCAACCUCAGUCAAAAAAGAGAAGAAAGAGAUUUCCUCAGCCACUUCGAUAGCUGCUACAGUGGCUGCUGUUGCAGCAGGCACCACCACCCCAAUUACGUCUGAUGUUGAACCAAAGAUGGAGAAGGUGAUGCAGAAGAGACAGCGGAGGCAAAAGAGAGAAAGGACGGAAAGUGUUAGCAAAGAAGAAGAAAAGAAGGAGGAAAAAGAAAAGGUGAAGAAAAAGAAGAAACGCAAAGUUAAGAAAGAAAAAGAAGACCAGAGAAUAGAGAACCCAAUUGAUCCAGAAGAACCUACUUUUUGUUUAUGUGAUCAGAUAUCUUAUGGAGAAAUGAUUGCUUGCGAUAACGAACAGUGUGAAAUUGAAUGGUUCCAUUUUAACUGUGUACAGCUCUCUACAAAACCAAAAGGGAAAUGGUUUUGUCCUAACUGCAGGGGAGAUAAAAGUAAUGUAAAAAGGGCAGAUCUAAAAUGACUAAUUAAUUAGACGCGUGCCAGAAUGACAUAUUAUGCUAUUUGACAAAGAAGCAGGAAACUUUCAAUCUUGCCCUGAUUUGUAGAUGUCUGGUUCUUUCUGAACAACGAGAGGUAUAGAAAUAGUGUAAAAAGACACUGCUGGUGUGACUCUGUGAGCAGGCUGCACCAAAAUAUUGAUUCAUGUUAAUGGUAUGGUCAAAGAUUCUCACUUUGGGAUAAUUUCAUAUAAAAUUAGUUCGGUCUGUAUUUCUUUUCAAACUGCAAAGAGUGAAAAGUUUGGUAUACAGGUGUAAUAGUGCAUAUCUGAUGUUUUGAAUAAUUUCAAUGUAAAUUACUGUUAUGACUGUUAUGUUGUCAGGUCAGAAUCUAUUCAAUCUUCAUUUUGUAAUGUAAAAAUCUGUAAGUGAUACAUGAUACAAGGUAAAUGCAUUAAUUUUAGCAUCAUGGAACAUGUAAGCCAUCUAUCAGGGAUAGCUGUUGAGUGGAAAUUCUUGUAACAUUACAUGUAGUUGAGUAUCUUUCAUUUAGGUGUAACAGAUUAAGUGUAUUUAAGCAGCUCUGUAUUUUGAGAGAUUGCUUUUUUUUUUUUUUUUCAAAUUGAAAAUUAAAAGAAAAUAUGCACAGAAACACUAUUUACAAUAACUGGGUGAAUAUAAAAUAUGAAAUAAAAACGUGGAAUUUCAAAUGAAGUU